CGUGCGCUCGCCCCAAACACCCACAGCCCUACGCCGUGGGGCGGCGAGCCCCACGAAGCCCCGCACCCCUGGCACAGCGAGCCCCCGGGACCCCUUGUCAUCACCGCCCGGUGACAGCCAGCACCAUGGAGUCGGUGGCUCUGUACAGCUUCCAGGCGACGGAGAAGGACGAGCUGCCCUUUCAGAAAGGGGACACCCUGAAGAUCCUCAACAUGGAGGAUGACCAGAACUGGUACAAGGCCGAGCUGUACGGCUGCGAGGGCUUCGUCCCCAAAAACUACAUCAAGGUCAAGCCGCACCCGUGGUACGCGGGCAGGAUCUCCCGGCACCUGGCAGAAGAGCGGCUCCUCAAGUGCAAGCACCUGGGAGCUUUCCUGAUCCGCGACAGCGAGAGCUCCCCGGGGGAAUUCUCCAUCUCUGUCAACUAUGGGCAGCACGUCCAGCACUUCAAGGUGCUCAGGGAGAGGAAUGGCAAAUAUUUCCUCUGGGAGGAAAAGUUCAACUCCCUCAAUGAGCUGGUGGAUUUCUACAGGACAACCACUAUCGCCAAAAAGCAGCAGAUCUUCCUCCGGGACGAGGACCAGACCCAGGAGGUGAGGAGGCCCAAAUUCGUGCAAGCCCAGUUCGACUUCUCAGCCCAUGAUGGCUCCCAGCUGCCCUUCCUCCGCGGGGACAUCAUCGAGGUCCUGGACUGCCCCGACCCCAACUGGUGGCAGGGGAAGAUCUACGGCCGUGUCGGCCUCUUCCCCCGCAACUACGUCCACCCCAUCCGCAAGUGAGCUGCCGCCGGCGCUGCGGGCGAGCGGGGAGGACCAUGGCCCCCGCUGCCCCCCACUCACCGGAGCUGCUUUGUGCCUGCUUCGUUCCCACGGAUGGUGCCCGUCCCCACGCUGGGCUGCCGACGCACGAGGUCCCGGUGCCACGGUGCUGUGCUGGAGGUAGAGGCCAGGCUGGCGGUGAUCCCCACCCAGGGGAUGCCCGGCCCUGGCACCCUGAGACAUCAGCUCCCCGACCCAGGAGACCUCCAUCGCCCCCAGCCCAGGCAUCGCCUCUCGCUGCGGGCCAGCAGCGGUGGUCCCUGGGGAGCACCAGGGCCGUAAAAACUUUUCCAGAGCCAUGACCUGUCAGGGUGGCAGCAAGGGGAGGAAGAGUACAUGUGCCCCCAACCUUCUUUCCUCUCCAGACCCUGUAAGCAAAGCCCCGGCUCCAAGGAGGGCUGCAGGUGGCCGGGAUGCGGCCAGGUAACACCACGGAGGGGUGCCAGGGCUCAGGGCGCCAGGGAAGGCUGAUCCGGGGCAAUUCAGUCCUGCAGGUGCUGUUCAUAGCUGCAAAA